AUGGCGGAGCAGCCUUCUCACGCGGGGCAAGAUGCCCCCAGUUCAUCCGACUCUGCUAUUUCUUCGCCACGAACCAGCACGGAUUCGCGAUCCCCUCACUCCCGACCGCCUUCCAUGCGCCUGGCCCAUAUCCCAUCUCAGAACUCGUCCCAUCGGCAGAGCUUUAGCGAAAGCCUACGUAGCAUGCCACAGUCGCCUCGCGCCCGCCGCCAACCGUCCUUGACCCAAGCCGCGAUACAAGGACUAAUCGAUAACCCUCCCGUGCGAAACCCUGCAGACCCAGCCUUUUCAGGUCGUGAUUGGCGCCAGAUAUCUAUUGGAGAACUGGUGAAGUCGAUAGACCUUCAAUUCGUCGAGGUGGACACUGGAAUUGAGGAUGCCACCAAGGUCUUGGUUGACACCGAAGUCCCCGUGCUCCUCGUUCGUGAGACGGUCGACGACAAGUCUGCUGUAGGAACAUUCGGGUACAGCGACUUGAAUGCAUAUCUGCUGUUAGUUGUUGGGCUGGCAAAGCCCACGGAGUCACAGCUCACUUCUUUCCAAGAUGUUGCUCAGAAAGCACAAGAGGGAAGUAAAAUCCCAUUGAAGGAUAUCAGAGAUCUUGUCCCCAAGGAACCCUUGACUACACUACCAGCAUCAGCCAAUUUGAUGACAGCAGUGGAAACAUUCGGCGGCGGAGUGCAUCGGAUUGUUGUGCUGAAGGAAGACAGCAACGAAGUAAUUGGCGUUGUCAGCCAGUCUAGACUUGUCAAGUUCUUAUGGGAGAACGGCCAAAGCUUCCCAAUCAUUGAUCAAUUAUACCCUCAACAUUUGAAAGACCUUCGAUUAGGGUCUCAACGAGUCAUCCAUAUCAAUGGCGAUAAACCUCUGUAUCAUGCGCUACAGCUUAUGAAUGAUGAAGGAAUCUCUUCUCUGGCUGUUGUUGAUAACCACACAAAUGUUGUCGGUAAUAUAUCAACCGUUGACGUGAAGCUGCUGACAAAAUCUACUUCCCUACCACUACUUCAAAACACAUGCAUCCACUUCAUAUCGGUCAUCCUGUCGACCCGGGGAUUAGUAGAAGGGAAAGACUCAUUUCCCGUUUUCUAUGUGACUCCUACGUCGACCCUUGCUCACACAGUUGCAAAAAUGGUUGCCACAAAGUCACAUCGCUUGUGGAUGGCAGACCCUCAAUCCCCAUCAUCAUCCGGUUCUGCAACCCCGGCUAUUACUUCUACCCACAUACCUCCUCCUGGAAGCCCUGGAGCCCCUGCUUCUCUCGCUGCACCACAAUACAACCCUUCAAAUCAUGGAUCAAGUGGUGUGCCACCUCCCCCAGGUUACACCCAUCCACACCAUCCGAUCCCUCCUCAGGGCUAUCAGGGCUCGACUUCUACUUUGCCAUCUCCCAUUGCCCCAUCAGUACCGGCAUCUGCACUGCCUGGAGCGCGGCUUUCUGGUCGGUUAGUAGGCGUCGUCAGCCUUACCGACGUUCUAUUCCUCUAUGCCAGGGCCAGUGGCUUAAGUCCGAACGACCCAGCCGAGACCCGGAAUCGCCGGCGACGAAGCAGCAGUUCAAGCCUGAGCGUUCACAAGAGUGGAGAUAUUGGGCGUGACCUGUUACGAGGUCGAACAGGUGAGGACAGGUGA